AUGGGCCCACCAGAUUAUCAUAAAACCAUGGGCCCACCAGAUUAUCAUGUAAACAUGGGCCCACCAGAUUAUCAUUUAAACAUGGGCCCACCAGAUUAUCAUUUAAACAUGGGCCCACCAGAUUAUCAUGUAACCAUGGGCCCAUCAGAUUAUCAUUUAAACAUGGGCCCACCAGAUUAUCAUUUAAACAUGGGCCCACCAGAUUAUCAUUUAAACAUGGGCCCACCAGAUUAUCAUGUAACCAUGGGCCCACCAGAUUAUCAUGUAACCAUGGGCCCACCAGAUUAUCAUUUAAACAUGGGCCCACCAGAUUAUCAUGUAAACAUGGGCCCACCAGAUUAUCAUGGAACUAUGGGCCCAUCAGAUUAUCAUGGAACUAUGGGCCCAUCAGAUUAUCAUGAAACCAUGGGCCCACCAGAUUAUCAUGGAAUUAUGGGCCCACCAGAUUAUCAUGGAACUAUGGGCCCACCAGAUUAUCAUGGAACUGUGGGCCCACCAGAUUAUCAUGGAACUGUGGGCCCACCAGAUUAUCAUGUAAACAUUGGCCCACCAGAUUAUCAUGAAAACAUGGGCCCACCAGAUUAUCAUGUAAACAUGGGCCCACCAGAUUAUCAUGUAAACAUGGGCCCACCAGAUUAUCAUGUAAACAUAGGCCCACCAGAUUAUCAUGGAACUAUGAGACCACCAGAUUAUCAUGGAACUAUGGGCCCACGAAAUUCUCGGAGUAAACACAAAAGUGCGUAUAUAAAGCCGGAUAAAAUGCCGGACAAAAGCCUGAGAAAAGGCCGGACAAAUGCCGGACAAAAACCGGACUUGUGUACCCUGCGUGUACGACGAUCACACACAGGAAGCGCGGAGGACGGAGACUCGACAAUUCCUUGUUCCCCCACCAGUUCUCUAUCCUCCACUAGUUCCCUGUUCCCCCACCAGUUCCCUGUUCCACCACUAGUUCCCCCAACAGUUCCCUUUCCCCCAACAGUUCCAUGUUCCCCCAACAAUUCCCUGUUCCCAAACAAUUCCCAGUUCCCCACAAGUUCUCUGAAUCCAGAAUGUCUACUCACUUGUACCCCCACAGUUCCAGAGAUUCCCAAGUCUCGUCCAAUUAGCCCAGCACCAAAGUCAAGCCAACGCCACAGCCCUCAUCCCAGCUUGACGUCUUGCUGA